UUCAAAGAGAUAAACAUGGAAGUGAAAUCCGAAUAGUUUCACAAUUUUUCCCGAAUAAUCGCCUUCUAAACCCUUGAUAGCAAGUUUGUUAAAGUGUUUGUGAUAAUGAAGUUGGACACAGUAUUUGUCCUUAUCGCAUUGGUGCUUGUUUGCACUGUUCUCUCCACGUGCCAUGGAUCCCCGACGGCUGAGUGUCUCAAGCUAGAGCAGAUGGCGAGACAGGCGUCCCAGCGCCAAAUCCCUGGGUUCAAGAUGUAUUGCCAAAAGAACAAGGCUUGUACAGGAAUAGAUUGCAACGGAAACAUCAAUAUGCCAACAUACAAAAUCCAGACAGAGUUCUGUUUCGGCUUCGAGAUCCAGAACUGCAUGAAACCGACCAAAGUGGACUUCUACACGUACCUACCGUCACUCAACAAAUCAUUUGAGGAGCGCCUCGGUAACAGUGAACGACGGAAAAUACCAGGUGCAUCCAUCGACAUUGGUAUUGGUACUAUUGACCCGUUUGCCAACAUUACACUGAUAGACAAACCAAACAAUAAGAUACUAUUUGGGGUCGGUCUAGCCCUCCGUGUGACAUACUUGUUUGACCGACAAGGUCACUGGCCGCGGAACCUACAGUACACGUUAAUCCCCCCCACAGAGAUCCCUGUUGCGCCGUGUAAGACACCGUCAACCACCAUGGCGCCACCUCUUGACAAUAAAUGCAUCACACGUGGACCACAGACGACAACUUGGCCAGGUAUCAAAACAACCUCGCGCCCAUCAAGGCCACCGCUCUCACCAGAACCGUUCAGUUCACCUCUGCCAGCCAAACCUACAGUUCGGCCGAGUAAGGGCACUAAACCCACAAGUAGGCCGUCUGUCGCACCCAUCCCAGUUACGACACCCAAACAUACCGGUCCAAGGCCACAGCCAUCACCGACGUUCGGUAAAAAAUGCGACCCAUAUAACUUACAGUCUUGUGGCGCAAAUGAAAAAUGUCCCGUAGACAGCAAGGACCCUAGAUGCCAGUGUGCCAGCCUGAAGACUUAUGACAAAUGGUCUGGACAUUGUGUUGGUGCGAGUCCAGUGCCACACCCUACCAAGCAUUCCGUCCUCCCUACGAAGGCCGCCAUGAAGAAGAGUAUAACCGUUACAGACGACAGUAGCAACCACAAAACUAUAGUGAUCGCAGCGUGUUCGACUGCUGGCUUCCUGCUGGUGGCUGCCAUUGCCAUCACCACAAUCAUCAUAAUCAGGAAGAAGCGAGCACGUUACGCUGACCACGACAUCCUGUUACAGAAUGACGACUCGGAGGUGAACAUCUAGACAAAGGUCAAGGUCGUUCUUGAUACCGUACUGGGACACUUCGGCAUCAUUAUUUUUUGGCAAAACUGCAGGUCGCUUUGUUUCGGCAAUAUUGCUUACUUGACAUAUCCUAGUUUAUCGUAUGAGGCUGGUUGGUUUAGUCUUGCACAACGUCGGUUAUACGAGUUUAGCCUGUGCAAGAUUGAAACCAUACUUUCAACAUUUUGCGUUAGAGGCCUUCUGCCAUUGUUUUAUGUGCAUAGCAAAUGAAAGUGACUUACAGGUUUUUCAAUUCCUUGCCAUGGUUGUGAUAUUUUCAUCACGAAGGUACACAGCUGAGAUAUUUACCCAGAGUUCAUUUGAAUCUCAGCCAUUGUUGUGAUGUAUUUUCUUGAUUGAUAUUGGUCAGCAAGGUUUUCUGAACGGAUGUAAAUUUGACAACAAAUCGGGUGCAAAAAUUAACCACAAACAUGUUGCCCCAGAAUGUUUGAGAUCUUCUGCAUCUCAACACACAGAAGAUUUCUGUGGGCAGGCUUUUUCUGGGACACACUGUAAAGUAGUUAGCUACUUUAGAUCUUUGUGUAAAUAGUAAUAAGAGAGUGUACAUUAUGUAUCAUACAUGCAGUCCAAAGGUUCUUUUAUAACAAACCAAGUUUGAAAUUUGAAAACCACUGAUUUUCGAACUUUGCCUGUGAUAACAAAACCUCUGGAGAAAACCAAUCUUAUGAACCUCUUUGGGUCCAUGUAUAUCAUGUUUUAAUAUCACUUUAAGACUAUAACUUGUGAUGCACCACUAUGCUGUAACUAGGAGUUGGGUCAGAACACCCGAAAAAAAUAAUUUUGCCAAUAUGCGGAGCAUGAUGUUGAUAUUAUCUGCCCACGGUGUCUGUGUCAUUUUUUUCAUCAAUUCUCACAUUUUUAAUAAAAAUUCCAACAUUUUCCGUCCAUCCUUGUAGUGUGUAUAUAAAAAACAUUAAUUUGGUCUGCAUCCUAGAAAAUCUGUUGCCAGCUUGCUGAGAAUUGGGCGGGCGUUCCAUCCUGCUGAGAUGGUCGUUCCUGAGAAAGCAGAAAGUGUGUCAGUAAUGUUGGAAAAACUGUUUUGUUGGAAUCUUCCAACUAAAUAACAUAGUGUUCUUUUGGUAAUAAGGAUCUGACUACAACGUUAAUGGCAUAUGAUGUCCAGGUGUUUGAGUUCGCUAACGGACACAUGUUAUUUUAGUCAAUUAAUCAAUGAGUGCACAUGUUGAGUGUUUUUCUUGUGAUGCACCCUGUUUCCCAGGCCUCUUCCAGGUACCACUGAUAGAGUGGAACGACUGAUGUCAGUAACAACAAUGACCCCAUAAGUCAGCCAUUUUGUUUGCCCACAGCCUCCACAAGGGGGCACUGACUAAGAAAGAGGUGAAUUGAAGCCUGUUUCUUGUACUUCCUCUCAGUGAUUUGAGCGGGGCUCUUACAGCUUAUGCAAAUAGCAAUUUCCACUUUGAAUUAAUGUGUUCAGAUAUGAUAGUAUAAGGUUUGUUUAUGUUUGCUAGGUAAGAUAGUUGUUUGUUUUUUAGUUUGAAGAGUUCGUGUUAAGAGGUAUCCUUGCUAUUAUUUCCAAAGAGGUGACACUUCCAUGGGCAACUUUGGAAAUGUAUUUCAGUUCAAAAGCUUUUCGAAUUCAAUGUUUGCUUCUAGCAGCACAUACCUCACCCCUUGGCUGCCUUUAGGUCUAGUGGAGAUACUGUAAACACCUUUAUCUUUGUGACCCUAAAUGUUCAUGAAAACAUCCAUUUCUGAUUUUGCUUCCAUUUGUUCCGUGAAUGGGUGAAUUCCCCAAAAAAUAAAACCAUUAGUUAAACAUUUUCUUGCCUCUCAAGUUCUCCACUGUACAACUUCUCACAAACAAACAAGGCUUGCGAAAAAAGGGGUUUACAGUUAGCGUAGCUUUAGCAAAAUUGAUUGCUGUAUUUCAUACUAACUAUACAUGUACAUGCUUUUACUUGUGCCAUUCCAUGUUUGGAGUUCAUGAGGUGUCCACCAGGUGUCCAACACGAAGGUGCAUUUCCACGGUGACCACACUCUGAUAUAUCAGGUGAUUGAGUGUGCAGCGGUUACAAUGCAGGUUCCCACUCUCCAGUAAUACAAAAAGGAAUUGCAUCCACCAUAGCUUCUAUAGGGUGUCACGAAAGAUAACUUUUUACAUUGGGCCUAAAACGAGAGUUUGGAAGAAUCUUCCCGGUUGUGUUCCCGAGAUGAAAACGAGGAAAAAGGAAAUCGUUGACAUAAAUAAAGUAUUUUAGGAUAAACUUGUUACUGGUUGCUCAGUGAUGAUAACGGAGCGCAUCGGAUUUUUGGAUUGAUAAAAAAAUGUGGUUUUCAAAUGUAUUUUCAAACAUUUUGGCUGUGUGAUAGGGGAGCAUGAAUCAAGCCAUUACUCAUCAGCAGUGUUGUCUGAUUGUUGAAACAGCUGUCGGUAAUUCCAAACAAUGUAUAUAGAUGCUUUAUAAAAUAAAGGUAACUCCACUAUUUAUUAUA